AGGCCACGUGACGGUGACGUCAGUGCGCGGGAGUCCUGGGCGGGCGCGGCCCUCAGUGCCUGGGAGGCAGCCGCGUGCGCUGCAUCUUGCUGCCGAGUGAGGGAGGAGCCACCAUGAGCGGGUGCGCCAGGCGGGCGUAGCGGUGGCCACCACCUCCUGCAGUAGCACAGUGCUCGGGGCAGCCCCACGGGGCAUGAGGCAGGGGCGGCAGCGGCGUGUCACCCCCACGGAGUGUUGAGGCGCGUCCCCGCCCGGUGCAGCAGGCACAGCGGCCGGCCCGGUGCCAGGGUGGCCUGUGAUGAGCCAAUGGUUAGGGCGAGCCACCAGUGCUAGUGUUUAGUGGUAGUGCAGAGUGCUGGCGCCGGCCCCGGCCUCAUGUGAGACACCCGCAGCCCGGCCUACUGCUGUGUCGCCGCGGGUGCCACGCCCCCGGCAGGAGGCCACCAUGGCCACGCGCCACCAACCCCCGCACCACUACGGCCCCGCCAAGAAGCCCUUCACCAAGCUGACGGCAAGCAACGGUCCACGCCCCACGUUUCCUCAGGGGCACGCGGGGGGCGGUCCGCCUGGCAAAGGGGGACGACCCCCGUCCAAUCCCGGCCCCGGCCCCGGCGGCCCCGCUGGUGUACCGUACAGGCACGGCCCCCACCCCCCACACGGCCCCCACCCUCCGCCCCAGCAGCAGCAGCCGCCGCCGCAGGGGCCGCCCCCAGGCCCCGGCCCCCACCACCAGGCGCAGCAGGCGGGCUCGCAGCAGCAGGGACCGCCGCAGCAGCAGCAGCAGGCGGGCGCGGCCCAGUGGGGCGGGCACGGCCCCCAGAAGGCCCAGCAACAGCAGCAGGGCGGCGGGGGAGGCGGGCCGCAGUACCAAGUGAGGUACCCCGGCCCCCAGCCCCCAGUGGUCUCCCAGGCCCCGGCCUCCUACCCGCUGCCCCCCUUCCACCACCACCAGACGUACAGCGGAGGGGGCGGAGGCGGUCACGGGGCGGCAGUGUCACCCAUCACCACGCCCACGACAGUCGGUGCCCAUGGAGGGGGCGGUGGCGGCGGCGGCGGCGGGGGAGGGAGCGGAGGUGGCGGCGGGGGUGGAGGGGGAGGGGGCGCUGGAAGUUACUCAGCCGCCUCCCCUUCGCCCCACUCGAGCUACGGGGAACAGCUCUCCCGCACCAACCUCUACAUACGCGGCCUUAGUCCUGAGACCACCGACAAGGACCUGGUAGAGAUGUGCAAGAAGUACGGCAACAUCAUAUCAACAAAAGCCAUCUUAGACAAGAACACAAACAAAUGUAAAGGGUACGGGUUUGUGGACUUUGAGUUGCCAGCUGCUGCCGACAAGGCGGUGAAGGGGCUGCAGGCCUCCAACAUCCAGGCACAGAUGGCCAAGCAGCAGGAGCAGGACCCCACCAACCUGUACAUCGCCAACCUCCCACCCCACAUGAACGAGGCUGAGUUGGAGCAGCUCUUAGCACAGCACGGGCAAGUCAUCUCCACACGGAUCCUCAGAGACAACAAUGUGCAGUCCAGAGGCGUCGGUUUUGCCAGAAUGGAGUCUCGGGAGAAGUGUGAGCACAUUAUUCAGAUAUUUAACAAAAAGGUGCUGCGAGGAGCCAAGGAAGCUCUACUUGUCAAAUUUGCUGACUCUGGAAACAAGAAGCGAAACCAGUAUAAGCCAAAGGACCAGAGCAACUGGGAUAGACCUGAACCCAUACAAGUGUAUGACCAGCAGCCUCUUCUCACUCCCAAUGGAACCCUAAUGCCCUCAGUGACCCAAGGACCAUUCCGGCAGUACCCCCCGUCCCAGGUGCCCCCCUACCCCCUGCAGCCCUUCUACAUCAUGCAGCCCCCGGCCCUCCAACAUAUGGAUGUUCCUUCGCCUCAUUCUGUCAUGGGCCUGCUUCCCCGGCAGAUAAUACAGUCGAUGGACACCAGCCAGAUGCCCUACUCGCAGACCACAGUCAUCCCAGCACUGACCACACACAUGCAGCAGCUCCACCUCACUCCUGGCUCUCAAGGAGGAUAUCUGCCGGGUGGGACAUAUCCCGGCUCUCCCUAUCCCCCCAUGAUGCAACACAUGGCCAUGAUUGAUGAGGCUACUGCGCACUCCCCUGACGAGUAUCAACCCUACCCCACCACCCCCGGCCCAGUCCCAUGCCAGCAGCAGCCCAAGUAACACUGUGUGGACCUAGGUCACCUCGUUAACCACUGUCUUGUCCUUCUGAAGUGGGGAAGCCCCAGUCAAGAAUCACGGUGUUCAGGCUCUGUGGGCCACAGUCUCAUGUCAGUACGAUAGAACUAACUCAACAUUACAGCAGGGACUGUGCUUGAAAAAUUGCAAUCCAUUGUUCAUAUGUGUCUUGUCCUUGUAUAUCAAUCAGCUAGAAAGUGCAUUGUAAAAAAGAUUAGGCCUCCAUCCUCCCAUUAUCUCGUCAAGAGAACUACAAGAAUUCCUUAGCAUGAGUGCUGGCAACACUGUGGUCUGAGCACCCUAGACUACUAAAGUCAGGACUGCCAGGAGAAAGUAGCCAGGCAGCCCCAUGUGCUGAGGCUGCCUUGGGCUUCCUACUGCUCCCAGCCAGCCAGUCGCAAAAUGCAAGAAAAGUUUCCCUCGCCCAGGCAGGUGGGUUGGUCCUGCGUCCAGGCAGUGUGGGACCUGUGAUUCAGUUAGACACAAGUGUAGAAUGACUAGCAUAGAGAGUUUCUUUAAGUAAGCAAGUGCAACCAUAUGGGUCAAUGAAAAAAAUAUAUCAUUUCCCAAGUUUUUGUUGAUUAACGAAAGAUAUCAGAAUCAUCCCUUCAGUUAGCAAGAAGAAAUUUUUAAGACCUCUUGAACCUUGUGAUCUACUUCUACAUCCUGACUUGUUAGUAGUUUCUGUAACUCAGUGCUGUCCAUGAAACAUCUCACCUUUGAUGCUUAUAUUUAUUUGGUCUUGAGUAAACCCUCCCAGAGCUGCCUAAAUGAGUGUCAUGAAUGAAGACGGGCCUCUUCAUUAUGUAUAUGUAUCUGUAUACAAUCAGUUUUCUUUACUUUACAAUUGCUAGAAGUUUUAGCUGAUCUUUCUCUUGGGUUAGAUGACUGGUCUUUGUCCCCCAGAGCCUAUUUUUCACACAGUUGACCAAGCAUGGUCUUACAUAGUCCUCGGCUGCCUUCCAAACCAUUAAGAAGUAGACAAGGACAAAAGUAGAAGUUGAUGUCAGUUGUUAAUUGGAGGCAACUCACAGUGAGCCUCCGACCAGAGUGGAGGCUAUGGCCUGCCGGGGAGGCGGGCGGCCAGCCUGCCUUGCCCUGCAGUCGCUCACAACCGCAAAGUCACCCAGUAUAGUUAAGUAGGAAAUGAAAAAUAUUACUUCCAUUCAGUCAUAUUCCUUAUAAGUAUUUUGCCAAGUAUACAUAAGGUAUAUAAAUUAUUGUUUAUACUGCAAUUAGCAAAGGGAAAAUUAAUAUAAAUCUAUUCAGCAAUUUUUACAUUGAAAGCACUUGUACAUAUAAUUUCCAGUACAUAAAUUAGAAACAAAUAAUUUAUUUUCUGAUACAGUUAAAUAGAAGGAAGAGUUAAACCCUACCACUACUACUACCUUGGCAACAUUUUCUCAAACACUUAAACUUAUCAUAUGGAAGGAUUUCCAAUUCUUCAUCAAUGCAAAUCUGGCUCCAUGGUAGGUAUGCUUGCUGUUUGAGUGGCUACCUGAAAACUGUGGUUCUACCCUGCUAAACAAUAGCUUCCCUUUUUCUUUGAGAGAGAGAAGAGGAAUGUUAACAAGAUGGUAUUCAGAAAAUGUAGAAUCAGUUUUCCUGUAUCAGCCCGAGAACUGCACACACAAACCAUGCUGGUGUGUUGUCGCAUCACUGUGCAGCAUUGGCCCUUCACUACACUGAUAGUUUAUGUGGCUCCCCAAAUGUGUCUUAGCCUGUUUACUUCAUUAAUACAGGUUUUUCUUCGUUCUCUCUCCCUUUUCUUAUUAUGCCCUGUUCAGUCCUUACCCUUUCACUUUUUUGUGUUCGUCUCAAUCACAUAUUCCUCGCACCUCACACUAUAAUGUCUUAUUUCUACCACCAGUACAGGCUGCUGCAAUGUAGCGACAGAGGUUGGGUCAGUAAUACAGGGGAGAACAUGUGACCUUACCUCACACCUAGUACACUUACACUGAGGGGAUGUAGGUGUUGUGCAGACUCCUCUUGUGAGCCACCCAAAGUAAAACUUAAGCUGAACAGUGCCACUCACACCCCCAACACUUCCCUCAACCCCAUUCACCCAGCAGCAGCAGGCACCGUGGUGAUGCAGGGCAGCAGUUUGGUUUCUGGUGCUAGUCUCGGGCAGGUCAGUUGAUGGUGGCAGGACUGUUCCUCACAUUACUUACAUUCCACUGUGUAUUUCCUUCUUUGAUCAAUCCCAUUUAGCAACUCUUAAUUUAUCUCUAUAUUUUUUUCCUGGCUGCUGUUUAUAGGGCAGUUUUGCAUUUUCAUUCUUUUUAAUAACUAAAAGAAAUAUUGAAUAGAGUAAAGUGAUAGUUUAUUUUUUAAAAAGUGUCAAGAAAGAAAACAUAUUUCCAGUUUUAGAUAUGUGCCUUUCUUCAGAGACAUAAAUUCAUACAGGGACUCCCAGUAGUUGAAAUCCAUGCCAAAAUCUUCUAGUGGAUUCCAAAGUAAUUUCAUUAUAAUGGGUAAUAGAGGUUUUGCCGGUGCAGCCUGUGUCCCGCCCCUGUGUUGCCCGGGCCGGCCGCCCCUGCAGUGUUUCCUUGUGUGGAAGUAGAUGUCAAGCUGAGCAAUCCCUAUUGAUUUGAAGUUCUGUGGAAGAAUGUUGUUGAGUGCCUGUUGACUGAUUUUAUUUUAAUUUAGGAGGAAAUGUAUGGAUAGAGAUUUAUUUUUACUUUUAAGUAGGGAGAAGAUGAAUAUCAAACAAAAUGCAAUUGUGAUACUUAUAGAACAUUUGAAUGUAAAUAGUUAACUAACCCAUCCAGGGCCUCGGCACAGCUGGCCGGGUGAUGGUCCAUUUGGUGGUGGUGGUGGUGGUGGUGGUGGUGAUGAUGAUGAUGAUGGUGGUGGUGGUGGUGGUGAUGAUGAUGGUGGUGGUGGCAGUGGUAGCAGCCAGUAGUGGGUGAUGCACCAACACCAGGGUUGUUUCCUCCUUGGAUGUGGCUCCAGGCUGAUGGAUAUUCAGGAUGAAUUAGUUGUCAGUUAUUGCAAUAUAAAUUUCAAGAGAAGGCACAUGCUCAAUUCUACAGAUUGAUUAUAAGAGUUUUAACAUUAUUUAUAUGAUAAUUUAAAGUGCAUAAUGAGUAUUUUGUGUUGCAUGAUUUGUAUGCAGUAGUAGAUUUAUUAUUCAUAUUGAUUCAAUUGGCUAUAUAUAUAUAUAUAUAUAUAUAUAUAUAUAUAUAUAUAUAUAUAUAUAUAUAUAUAUAUAUAUAUAUAUAUAUAUAUAUAUAUAUAUAUAUAUAUAUUUGUAUGUACACAUACAUACAUAUAUAAACAAAGAUAAAGAACUAUUGGUAAAUAUUUUAAUUGAGAAAUUUCUAUAUAGUUAUCAGAGUUUGUUGAAUGAUGUGGUAUUCUGUCUUCCUGUGUUGAGGCCAGUGUGUGCUGCUGAAGGUUUUACAGUAAAGAGUUAUAUUUUAUCACAUCAUGGGUGUUUGUAUCAUUAGUUAUGAAAACUUGUAACAAAAUUGAAAGUUAAUUAUUUUAUAUCAAAGUAAAGUUUUGUUUGACCAUCCUGAGUUGUGUAUGUGUGUGUAUGGGUGAGACUGUGUUCCAGUGAGUGUACAAUUUUGUUUUAUAUUAAAUUAAAGUCUCUGGUGGAAUAUAUGAAAUGAGGACAGAACAGGAGCAGACACAGUUGGUCUCAGUGAUGGAUGACAGCCAGCAAGUGGAGGCACCCGCACCUCAGGAGCGAGAGGUGAAGCUCAAGCAGUGAAGGCUGUGCCGGGCAGCUGGACUGGUGGAGUGUUGACACGUUCCUAAUGUCUCGUGCUACACCGCAGCAGCCACACUCACAGCAGCCCACCCCACCCACACAUAGGUAUUACUGGCUGUUGAGUUCUCCUCCUCUGGGCAGCCAGCAAGACAGGAUUUCUAUGGAAGCUUUAAGUGGUGGGGGAAAACAUGAGACUGAAAAUGAAGGAUCUAUUCUAAUGAUUAGUGCUUAGUCUGAUCAGUGUGACAAGGACUCUUGCUAGUGCUGUAAAGUAACAGGUGGAGUGACUAGUGUACUGUACAGCUAGAUGAUGUUAUAAAUAACCUAUUGAGACUGUUGAAAGAAUAUAGGUUUAUUUUGAUAACAAGGCUUAUUUUAAUAAGAACUACAUAUACCUGACACACCAGCAUGUACAUAAGUGUCAAAUGAAACAAAUGUGUACAUUUCAAAUGAUUGCUAGAUUUUUUUUAAGUGUCAUCACAGAAAUUGACUAAGAAGGCACAGUUGUACAUAGCAUCUUCAUUACCUGUAAAAUGAAGACAGUGUGCAUCAGGACAACACAGCCAACUUGUUGAGGCCAGGACGAGAGGCUGGGCGGCUGAGCUGCCCCCGGCACUGCCACACCCACCCAGAGUCUCAAUACUUGAGGGAAGUGACUCACAUGCUUAGUUUAGGGCCUGAAGAUAGUGUAGCAGCCACAGGAGUUCCAGUGUCGGCCUGGGCCGCACUGUGUUCUGUGACUGCUGUGGCCGCAACACUUUACCUAGAGUUAAGGCACUUCCAAAGUUAAGAAAAUGCAAAAAAGAUGUGUUAUUCAAAAUCUGUGGCGUUGUGUUUUGUGAAAGUUUCUCUUCUUUUUCUUUAUUUUCAGUACACUUUCUUCACUGUGAAUUUUGUGCAAACGAAUCUAGAUUUAAGAAUUGUAGGGAAGAAGUAGUGUUAAGGAAAGCCUUAGUUGUAAGUGUUAACAAUAGACCUUUUCUGAACAGCUGAUCUAGGCCAAAGGUGAGCAGGCUGGUCAUGACCAUACACACCUUCAAUGGUACACUGAGUUUUGCCGGUGGUGGUGGAGGCGCACAGCACAGCAGCCCAGCCCGGCCUGCUCACCCUGCGCCCGUGAACAGCUGCUCAGCCGCAUCUCCCAGGGCUAUUGAAUAAGGUUAAUCUUUCAAAAAAUGUGAUUUUUUGCAAAUUGUAUAAGAGAGAAAUCCAAGUUGUAGAAAAAUGAAUGUGCCCAUUCCAAACGUCUUCCCUGUGCUCCGGAGGGGAUGAGUAUGGAGACCCCAGUAGUGUCCCCAGCGCCUCCCUGUUGCCCCGCACCCUCCUCCCCUCCCCCAGCCAGGCUCAGUCACUGACACAUCUUCAGGUGGGAUUUUGUUUUCCUUUUCCAGUUUUAGAAGUGAUAGAAUUCAAGCCUGCUAGAAAUCUUGAUUAUAACAUUUGAGUUUCAGCAGAUUAUCAGAUCUUUUGUUGAAAUCAGUGGAGUGAGCACAGGAUACGAGGAGUGUGCAUGUGAGGCUGCCUGUGUGUGUGACCCGUUUGAGGGGAAGGGGAAGGGGAACUUGCGAGGACUUGAUGGGUUGAAUACCUUAUUUCUGUUAAGCUGAUUAGUUUGUUAACCAAAGUAUUGUUGAUAUCACCAAAGUCAUAUUUUAUUACAACUUUAUUAGUAGAAAGUUAACAGAUGCAUCCUAAAUUGCUAUUAGCCAAGUUCUAGGGGCUAGAAUGAGUGACCCCAACCUCAGCCAGCGCCAAACACCACCAGUACAAACCAACAUUGGAUCAAUAGCUUGCUCAGCCAUCACUCAACAUUUUUUUGGUGAAAGAUUUGAAGAUUAGACCAGUUUUUAUUCAUGUAGCUGGACUAAUUUUGUUCAUUGCAUUGCCAAUAUGAACAUGUAUGUAUACUUGCAGUAAAUAGUAUGAACCACAUCAUAAGGGAGGCAUCACAACAGUCUUGUCUAGCUGCUUCAUCUGGUGGCUCAUUGUCACUGCAGCAGCCCCUGCCAUGGGUGUGAGCAAGCUUUAUGAAGUACUUGCUCCUAUAUUCCAUGGUUAUGUGGGAGGUUGGCAGCUGAGUUUGUUGAAUCAUAAAAUUGCCAGAUUGGGCACUAGUGUCAGAGCGAGAUGUAUGCCAAUUAGAGCUCACAUUAAGGCUGGUAUGUAAUAGGUUCCAGUGUCUAUACUCAGAGGUGACUCCCACCCCAGUCUUCUCCAUCCCUAUCACGUGGCCACCUAGCAGUGAGCACGUUAGCGAUCGGAGUGAAGCUUCAUAUCGCAUUGAGCCUGGAUAAAAGAAAGUCCAAUGAGAGCUAUUUUUGUAUCCCCAACCCCACAGAUCCCUCCCACCCCAGCACCCUCAGAUUUCAAGCAAUAUUAUAGUCAACCAAAGGUCUUGAGGAAUACGUAAAAAGGUGCAUGUAUGAAGACGUAGGUUGGGACAACUGCUGGUGCUGUAGAACACUUAGGUUGGCUCCUGUUCCCAGAUAGGAUGAGUUGUAUUGAUAAUUGAUUUCUGAAUAUGCUCAUCAUAGAGAGAAAGAGAGAGAAGGGCAAUGCACUCCCACGAUCCAGGGCCAAACAGAUAGAUUUGUUAAAACUCCAUAUGAUAGCAAAACCUUAAUACAAGGAAAAGUAUUCCAGAGCUCUGCCACACAACAUCGGUUUUUGUGACUUAAUAGUUAAAGAAGACCUAUACCAGCAUCACAGAAUGUAAGGUAAUUGCAUACGUGCAUGUAGUUACCCAAUGAACUCGAGUUGGCAGGCAAGAUCAUGUUCUCUUAAAGCAUUAUCAUAAUGGAGCAGAAUGUUGGCUCAGCCAUGUGAAAAGUGAGCAGCAUGGGUGGGGAUAAGGUGAGUGCCACAACCAGCCAGGGCCCUGUAGAAGCUUCAUAAUAGUUGGGCAGGGGACUAGCCUGACAAACUCCAAGGGACUUAUUUAGCAGGACUGUACAGGUCUUUUGCUGGGACAUUACCAACUCAGGUGACUAGUGUAAGAUACAUCGCCUUACGCCCUGGCUGUGUGGUGGCACUAGACCUGCACCCUCUCCCCCUAUCUGCCUCUUUAUUUCCAUUAGACUAGCCUUUUCUUCAGCCACAAGUUUUAUUUACUCUUUGCUGUUCCCUGUUUUGCCCUGCCUUUUUUCUCCUAGUCUCACCCACCUUGAAUUAACUUGCAUUUCCUAACUUCUACAAUCAUUGCUAGAUUAAUUAUAUAAAUAUUUUUUAGCUUUGAAAGUCUAUCCCAUGCCUGCUAUCUUAUAUUUCUGCUCUCUCUAUAUUUCUUCCAUUACUCUUCACUUUUCUUUACUUCUUUGCCCAUGUUCUCCCUCCCUGCACUAGCCAGCAUCGAUUCGUCCUCAAGGAAUCAGAAAAGAAACUAGAGAUGAAGAAAAUAUGAGACACGGUAACUGACCCAUUGCAAGAUAUGAGAUAAAUUUAUUACAUCUUCCUCACAUUAGUUCUCUAGCCACUGAAACAAAUGGCAUUGGGCGGUUUCCACAUCUCAGCUCCCGUGAGUCUGGCUUUUCUUUUUUUUUUUUUUUUUUUUUUUUUUCAAAGUAAUAGGCCAAUUUCAAAGCUUUAAAAGGGGGACGUGACUUCGUAGGGUACGAUGACCCACAACUGUUCAAUGGUUUUAUCCUGAGUUUGAGCUUGACUUUGAUACUGCAACAAUCAUGAUGCCUUGAAUGUGGAGGUCUUCAGUCUGUAUCUUGGUUGAAGAUUCUAAAUUGUUUUCUUUUACGUGGCACUUUUUCGUCAUUGUUAUUUUUCAUGGAUUUUAUUAUCAGGUACAGACAAACCAUUAUACAGGAGCAGCGUUACACAUCAAUUGCAUUCCUAGAAAAUACAUGAUACAUCUGAAACAUGCACUUCUCUCAUUGAGUGAGUUACAGCUAGGUUUCCGCAGAACAGCAUCAGCAAUCUUUACUUGUAAUCAAAUAAGACAUAUUUAGUCUUAAAUUUUUGAAUUGGCUUUUACAAGUGACUGCCUGUAUGUAUAUGUGUGCAGGCCAGUCUUUUAUCUUUUUUUUUCUGUUACAUCUAGUCCUUACAGUGAACUUUUCAAGGCGAACUCUGAUAUACUGCGCUGGACAUGGUCUUUAGUCCUCCUAACAUACCCUCAUGGGAAAGGAAGUGACCAUUGGAAAAGGGGAGACACAGAGAGAAGGAGAGACUGCGUGUGCUUGUAGCUCACCAUGAGAGAGGUACAGCCUCACUCAUCACACAGUAUUUAUAAAGCCCAUUGCUGACCCUGUACAUAGGAUUGACAUAACUUUAUUUUGUCUUAAUUUAUACACAAGAUUUUAAUUUUGCUGACCGGAAUGACUGGAGUUGUGGUUAAUAGGGGCGAAGUUUGUGAAUGGCAAAUGAAACCACUGGUAACAUAUGCAAGACGUGACGCAACACUUUUCCUUUAUUGUCACGGAUGAGUGGAAUGGCAUGAAAUAUUAUAAAUAGUGAUUCUUCAAUGUGAAGUUAAUAUUGUUGACAGAGGAAAGGACUAAAUAAAGAUUUUAUGUUUAA